GCUGCAGGAGCAGGACAGCACUUGGAGAUGUAGCUCUCCACACUAAUGCACCAGCAGCUGUCAGGACAGUACUAGCUAAGGCAGCUAGAUAAACGUAAUAUUUGACAAUGCGAUGGGUAACUGCUGGGCUUACUGUGUCGGGCUCUUCAGGAGAGAAGCCAACAGGAUCCAGAGAGGAGGCGGGUCCAAAUACUUCCGCAGCAGCACCACAGGAGAACAUUACACCAUAGAGUUUGAAAAUCUGGUAGAGAGCGAUGAGGCUGAGAGCCCACAGCCCUGUCCCAGGCCCAUCAGUGAGGAUGAGAUCAAGCACCUCAAAGAGCACCGCUACACUGCGCUGUCAGACAAGCAGGUCCUCAUAGACCAGAGGCUCCGAGCUGAGUUAGAGGAACAAGAGGAGAAGUUGAGGCUAGAAGAAGAGGCUAGAAAUGCCGCCCAGCGAGAGGCCGCCAGGUUGGCGCGUGAUCGAAAAUUGAAGGAGCAGCUGUCUGCCCAGAGGACACGGGGGAAAGCAGAUGGCUCCGGCACUGAAACUCAGCAAAGAAAACAAACCUCUGGAGAGGAUUUUGACGUCUACCUCCAAAAUGUAAAAGCACAGUCUGAAGCUUUCAGAGGCAACAGACUGCCGUCUGACACCAAUGUGGUGACGCCCAACACAGAGUGCAGCUGGGACUUCACCACCAAGACCCGCUCCACCAAUGAUGACGGGACCUCACUGGAUCUCGAGUGGGAGGACGAGGAAGGAAUCAAUCGAGCACUUCCAGCCUGGGAGAGGUCUCGGACGGAGGAGGACAUCCUGCGCGCAGCCCUGAGGCCCAGCAGCAAGCAGAUGCACAGGGCCAACCUCGGCCUCGAGGACUCCAACGAGCUGGAGUCCAACGCGCUGGAGUGGGAGAACGAUUUUGUGAGUACCCAUCCGGAGGACAGCGCAGACACUGAGUUUGAAGGCUUUGUCAAUCCCGUUCUAGACACUCCCUCUGAGGACGCCUCGGACCGCGGCCUCAGGUUGGACAACCAGGACAGAUAGUGUCCAGCACCAAAGGAGACGUUUGUUGUGUCCUAUUCAUGUCAGAACUCACCAGCUUCUUGCCUCAUGAAAUGGAAACAUGCUUUUCAUUCUCUGUAACAUGAGACUGUGAUGCUGCAGGAACAUGUUGUGUAUCCCUACACUACAGAACACAACAGUGUAGUGAUGUUUUUAUCAAAUACUCAUUUUUUCAGUGCCUUCAUUUGCCGACCAUUUAUGCAUUGUAACUCAAACUGAUCAGUUAUCAUCCAUUAGCAUUUGACACCGGGGAUACAUACAAAAAAUGCCAGGAUACUCUGAAGUGAAGCUUUAUUGUGAAAGCAGAUGGCUGCUUUGUUUUUACUGGUUUUGGGGAGAGGAGGUCACGGAGUUUAACUUAUCAGUUACUUCAGCAUGGAAAUUUUGUCCUCUGCAUGUGACCUUAACUAUUUAUCAGCAGCAGACAGUCACAGUGCAGUGUCCAGGGACCGACUGCAGAUCUGAGGCCAGUGUCUCGGUCAGUGGCAAUGCCAAGAGUAUUCCAGCAUGUUGUUUGGUGUGUGAGAAAACCAUAGAAUGUAUAUUAAGAUGGAUGACGCACUCCCACUUACCCCCACUAUGCUUACGUGAAGCUAAAACAUCCCGGAUACAGCUGCUGCGCUGGUAUCUGCAGUGGGGGAGUUUGCGCCAAAACACCUGUCCAACCAGUAACAAGCAGCUUCUUUGAAUGCGAGCGCAUGGAUUGGCUGUCACAGCUGUCAAUCAUAUAGAAUUGAAUAACUCAUUAAAACCGAAACUGAUG